AUGGCGGUGCCGCUUCCUCCUAAAUUCAAGGUCCCCCAGAUCGACAUGUAUGAUGGAUUUAGGGACCCUAUUGACCACUUGGAAAACUUUAAAGCACACAUGACCCUCUAUGGUUUUUCAGGGGAGGUAGCCUACCGCGCUUUCUCUCUGACCUUGAAAGGGAUUGCACACGGUUGGUUUGGAACUCUACGUCCAGGGACCAUCAAUAGCUUUGAGGAGUUAGCCAAGCAAUUUUUGACUCAAUUCAUGGCUAGUAGAUGGCGCCAUCGUCCUGCAGGCUAUCUUCUGACCAUUAAUCAAAAAGAAGGAAAGAGCCUGAAAGCGUAUUUGACCAGAUUUAACAAAGAAAGGUUGAAGACCGAUGACCAGGAUGAGAAGAUCUCGCUCAUAGCCCUAUUAGGAGGCAUAUGGCCCAAAAGCCUGUUCAUGACAAAGCUGGCUAGAAAGACCCCCUCUACCUUGAGGGAGUUUAUGGAUAGAGUUGGCGACUAUGUUAAUGCAGAAGACAUAUUACAAGCUUUGCUGGAGCCAAGGAAGCAAGAAAUAAAGCAUGACUCCAAAAGUUCAAACAGGGACAUAAAUGCGAGUUCAAGCUACUAG